AUGGCAGACUCAGUCAAGGUAGCAGAGUACCUCUUCCGACGUCUAAGCCAGCUCGGCGUCGGCUCCGUCCACGGCGUCCCCGGUGAUUUUAACCUCACACUGCUGGACCAUGUGAAGCCCGCAGGAUUGGUGUGGGUGGGCAGCACGAACGAGCUGAACGCGGGCUACGCGGCUGACGGCUACGCCCGCAUCAAGGGCAUCGGUGCCAUCGUCACCACCUUUGGCGUGGGCGAGCUGUCGGCCGUCAACGCGAUAGCGGGUGCGUACGCCGAGCGCGCUCCCGUGGUGCAUAUCGUGGGCACGCCCGCGCGACCGGCGCAGGAGGCCCGGACCCUCGUCCACCACACCUUUGCCGACGGCGAGUUCGGCCGCUUCGCCGAGAUGCACCGCCAUGUCACCGUCGCGCAGGCCAGGCUGCUCGACAGCCGGUCCAUCCCCGAGCAGAUCGACUGGGUGCUGCGGCAGUGCCUCCUCCACAGCAGGCCAGUGUACAUCGAGGUGCCCGUCGACGUGGUCGAUGCCCCCGUGUCGGCCGAGAGGCUCGCGUCGCCGGCGGCGACCCUGUCGGCCCCGGACCACCACGCCGCCGCCCAGACCAGCGCGGCCGCUUCGGCCGUGCUGGAGAGGGUGUACGCUGCCAAGAAGCCGGCCAUCUUCGUCGACGGCGAGGUCAGGCCCAUGGGCGUGACGGACCAGGUGCAGCAGCUCGUCAAGGCGACUGGCUGGCCGACGUGGGUCACGGGCUACUCCAAGUCGCUCAUCGACGAGACCCUGCCCAACUUCCACGGCGUGAACCAUGGGAGCUUCGAGGACCACAAGUCACGCGAAUUUAUCCGGCAGGCCGAUCUGAUCCUCUGCUUCGGCCCGCACUUCUCCGCCACAAACACAUAUCUGUUCACCAGCAUCCCCAGACCGGAAGUCGCCAUCCUCUUCACCGACACGGAGGUCAAGAUGCCCGACGGCACCACGCGCAACUGCUCUGCCAAGCCGCUCAUCUCCCAGCUCGUGCGCGACCUGGAUGCGUCCAGGAUGCACAGGUACGGCGACGAGUACCCGGACCUGCACCGUGACAGCCUGCUCUCCUUCUCUGACGUGCCUCGCGACGGGGCCAUCGACCAGGAGCACGUGUGGCGCCUGCUGGGCAACUUCCUCCGGCCGGGGGACAUCCUCAUGGCCGAGACGGGCACGGCCGCCUACGGGGCUCGAAGAGUCCCGCUCCCCAAGCACGCCCGCUACUUUGGGCCGGUGACCUGGCUCUCGAUCGGGUACAUGCUCCCCGCGGCCCAGGGCGCCGCGCUCGCCCAGAAGGAGCUGGUCAGCAAGGGGGAAUACCACGGCAUCAAGGAGCUUCCUCGGACGGUGCUGCUCAUGGGCGACGGCAGCUUCCAGAUGACUGCGCAGGAGCUGUCGACCAUGAUCCGGCACAACUUGAAUGUGGUGGUCUUCCUCAUCAACAAUGCCGGGUACACCAUCGAGCGUUGUAUCCACGGCUUGACCGAGGAGUACAACGACAUCGCUCCCUGGCGGUACCUGGAGGGACCCAAGUUCUUUGGCGCUCCGGAGAACACGUUCACGAGAUCUGUCAAGUCUUGGGGCGAGCUGGAAGACGUCCUCGGCAACGAGACCGUUCAGGAUGGCGAGAACCUGCGAAUGAUAGAGGUGUUGAUGGAUAGGGAGGAUGCGCCGUACGGCCCGCUGUCGCAGUACUUGGACAGGCAGCGACAGCGUAAGUGA